UCUGUCACAGAGUAUCUGCAUCAUAAUCUGUGUUCUCAGGAGGAGUGCAUUUCUAAGCAGUUGCUAGGAAAUGAGUUUUUUUUAAGUUCCUUCCUGAGUCCAGUUUCUUGACAUAUUUUAUUUGAGAGAUCACAAAGGAGGAUCUUUUAGAAGGGCAACUGCUACUUAGAGGCACACGCUUAGAAAGGACAAUUGAGUUUAGACAGUGAUAUUCAUCUAUUGUUCUGCUAACUAUUAAGCACUUCUCCCUCUGGAAUCAUACCCCAGGCAUCCUGUUCCUGUGAAUAUGAAAUUACUGAAUCUGAGGACGUCAAAACACCUUUCAUAUCUAAAACCUUGUAAUCUUUUGUUAGCUUAGAAGAGCAAAACUUCUGAAGUUCCUGAGAUGGCUUUAGAGACAUGCGGAAACUGUUUGAGUUGUCUAUUGAUACCUCUUGCACUUUGGAGCAUUGUUGUUAACAUCCUAUUAUACUUCCCUAAUGGGAAAGCUUUGCAUGCCGCCAGUUACCAGCUUCCCAACUACGUGUGGUAUUUUGAAGGGAUCUGUUUCUCAGGUGUGAUGAUCCUUCUGCUGGCGGUAAUUCUAAUAAUACUGGAGUGUAGUGUGUUCUAUCGGUGCUGCCAGAGUGAGAGCUGUAACAAAACCUACAGGAGUUUUAUAUCAAUUGUGCUGGCCCUGCUUGGAGUUGCUUUCUCUGGAUAUAGUUGCAUCAUUUUUACCUUGGGGUUGAUCCAAGGUCCCUUCUGCAAUUCAUCAGAUGGAUGGGAUUAUAUCUUCAAAGACACUGCUGGAGGGUACCUCACAGAUUACACUGCUUGGUCUCGGUGCACUGAACCUGCUAACAUAGUGGAGUGGAAUAUCAUCUUACUCUCUAUUCUGAUUGCUCUUAGUGGACUGCAGUUGAUUAUCUGUUUUCUCAAAGUGGCUGCCGAGUUGAAACGGACACUCUGUGGGACCUACUCUGUUUUUGUCCAGGCUGGGAUUCUCUGAAAAUGACAAGGAAAUCUUCACUGCUUCUCCCUUAUCCCUCAGAAAAAAAGAGAGAAAUGGCUUCUCCAACAUUUAAGAUGGUAGAUAUGAAUGCUGCAAAGACAGUGAAACCCUUGUCUUAAAUCUUCGUGUCUCAAGCCUCUGUAGCUUAGAUGAAGUUAUUUGAACUGACAUGUACAUUUUCCUGAUUGUUUUCUAACCUGUUCAGUUGUCCCUGGCAGAGACUCUUCAUUAUUUUUCACCCUCCUGCUUGUUCUGACAGUUGAGAGGUUUGAAUACCGUGGAUCUGCAUUUAUAUGAAUUUUUUUUUUAAUGAAUGGCUGUAAAACUGCUAUAGAACUGCUUUUAUAUUCUCCUUUCUUUGUUUAGAACACAGGAAUCCUUGUUGUUCCAAGAGGGUCUGAUAAUAAAUUUUAGUUACAGACAGAUCAUGACGAAGGACAGCAGCUAAUCCUGCUCAUUCUGUAUUGGAAGUUCUUAACUCUACAAAGCAAUUACUGGAAAAAUUCUAUCAGGUCUUCCUGUGGAAGGGCUUUUAGAGCAGCAGCUGGACCUGAUUGAGAGAUUAGAUACACAGCUUUGAAGUCAGCCGUUCUAAUUAGAUCACAGUAAUAGCUGCACUGAGUUUCUUUUUAUUUUAUACUUGGAAGCAAACUCUUUUUUAGUCAAUUAUUAUGUGACUUGAGGGACGAUAUAAGGGAACCUUGUAAGCACCCACUGCUAACUUAUUAAUACUCUUCUAAAUACCCUGACUUUGCUGCAGUGGAGGGCUAAUAUUCUUGAUAAUAAUAAUCAGAUGAAAAAGAAUAAUCUAUUUUAAAUUAGCAGCUAAAAAGUAUUUUUUAGUUUUUCAAAGAAUGAUUUUUUAAUUCCCAGUGGAAAUUUGGGAAUUUAUAAUAAGUUGGAUGUUUGGCCCAUUUGCAGCUGCAUGGGCAACAAUUUGGCUGUAUCCAAUACUCUAGUUACAAGAGAAUGAACACCAAGAUGAAAGCAAAAUAUAUACUUCAGACUUGUGGUAAUGCACGUAUCUCUUACAUCAGAGCUAGUGGUAUUCAGCUAUAACAACAUGUAAUAUAAAAUGCUGCUAGCACUGCAAACUGUACAGUAAGUAGCAGCUAUGGGUAAGAUAUUUAGAAAAAAAAUAGAAUAUAUCAGUCAAUUUUUUUUUUUCAAGACAAAACUCAUAUUUUGCCUUGAUAACUCUUUACCAGAUUGUUUUGAAAAGCUGAUUUUUUCCUGCAGAAUUUGAAAAAUGCAUUUAAAGUUUUAAUUGCUUAGUUACUAUUGAUUUGCAAGACGUAAUGAAGAAAUUAACGAUGUUUAAGAAUGGAGCUAGUCUUUUGAGAAUGAUGUUUGAGAAUAGAGCUAGUUCAAGGUGGCAUGGGUGUUCAGAGAUGCAUGGUAAAAAGGCAGGAUUAUAAAAUGGGGACUGUUUGUAUCUUCGCACUUGUUUUUCCCUAGGCUUAAAUAUAAAUCAUAUCACAAAUCUACUUAAAUGAUAAUCCCACAUUUUUAUAGAACUGUGGAUAUUUUUUGCGGACAGAAGGAAAGGAAGGAAAACUUAACAAUCAACCCAUACUCCUACCAAACAUCUUGGAGAAUCUUGCUGUUUUCAUACCUGCAAACUAUGGAGUUGUUUUGAAGAUGCUAGAAAUAUUUGAAAAAAAUUUUGGUUAUUUGGUUGAAAAAUAGCUUGUGUUGGGUAGAUAUUCAAAGCAGAAAAUCCCUACAACUGCUAAAUAUUCCUAAAGGUACUGUUUCAUUGAAAACUAGUAUUCUAUUCAGACUCCAUCUCAGCCACAGGGAGAAUAAAGGCUUAUCUUUAGGCAAACAGGGUCUACUAAGAGAGAUGUUGCUAUGCUGAAUGAGAAAAAUUAAAUACUUUAAAGUUACACUGAAAACUUAACUCUUUUCUUGCUCCUGUAUAUGUCCUUUAUACUUUUCAGUAUCUUCUGACUCUGCUUAUGGAAAGUCUUGAGCCUGGCAGAUGAAGGACACACAGAGCAGUAUCUAGUUUGACAGCUUUUUCUGUAUUAAUAGUAUUAGUGGCUGUACCUAAUGAUUGACAGGGCUUGUCUGUCUUUAAUUCAUUCUUGUUUUCUUUUUUGUUUGUGUGUUAUUGCCUUGUGAAUUUACACUUCUGCUCUAUCAGAGACUGGUAUCUCCUAUUUUAGUGGCUUAAAUCAAAUAAAAGGUGUGUAAUUUAGUUCUUGUUGGACAUAUUGAUUCUGCAACCCUCUUCAUCCAUAACCUGUAUAUUGGCAUCUUCAUUUUCAUAGCCAUAUUCAAAUGUGACUUGGCAGCUCACCUUUUAAAUGGCCAGAUUAUUAAUUUGAAAUUGAUGGUAAGAAUAUUAAAGGCUAACAGUGGGUUGCAUUUGCAAAUUUAACAACUUGUCUCACACAGGGCUUUUGGAUGUAAGGCAAAUUUAAACUUGAUCUAACCAAUUUAAAACCUUAUUCAAUCCUAAAUAAGGUGUCUGUAAGAAGAGGUACUUCAAACUGUACCUUGUUGCAAACAAAGAUUCCUGUAAGGAAUAUUAACUUGAAAUCUAGACAUAACAGGCAACUCUGGUAGCGGUGUUUAAGACAAGGUGACCAUCUGGCUCUCCAGCUGCAGAAAAGAGACCUCACCCUGACAGCAGGAGAAGGAAGUAGGCUGCAGAGCCAGGACAGAGCUCACUCCAUGCUAGCAUACAAGAGACCCUUUUUUGAAGAAGUGUUCCUGAACCUGAAUUGCAUGUGCUGCUUGUUAAAUAAAAUAUCCUGGGCACACCUGGAACAAAGCUGCAGGUUUGAUGUUAUAAACUUCACUAAGUUAGAAGUUAGAGUUUCAUCAGUAUUUGUUCCUUACAGCCUAUGCAUUUUCUAGAGUAUUAAGAUGCUGUGUCUACAAUGGGAAUAUCAUUAAUUUAAAACACUGCAACUGGAAAUAGCUGUAGAGACUUGAUUUUGACCACAAAUAAUUGUGAGCUGAGAUUUGUGGUAAAAUACUGUGGAGCCUCAAACACACCUUUCAUGUUGGGGUAUAUUAUUGCUUGUGCAGGUGAAAGUGAGUCUCACUGAAGUACAGUUUCCUGAUUCUUCACGUUUUGGGUGGAGGUGUUUUCCCACAUUGAAAAGGAAUAGGGGGACAGAGAACAAAUGAAGCUCCUCAGAAAGUUAAAGUUUACCUGCAAAUUUUUGCAGGAGGUCAGAACAGCAGAAUAGGCAGCAGACUAUAUUCAGAUUAGGGAAUUAUGAAAUUGUGGGGUUUCAGUUUAGUCUGGGAGUUUCUGUUAAGACUUUUUUAUCAGAAUAUUGCAUGUUUGUUUUUGUUUUGGUUUCUUUUUUGUUUGUUUGUUUCUUUUUGUCUGUUUGUUUAUUUCAUCAAGGAACAUUUUUGAAGUAAAUGAUCAGCUUUAUAUUUUCAAAUCAAACUUCCAGAACAAUCAUUGCAUUCUCAGCAUCCUCAGUAUGAGAAAUUGAGGUGCUGUGGUUUAAAACAAUAAGGGGAUAUUCACAACAUCAAACUGCAGACUCAGAAUUUGACCAAUUAAAUUAGGUGCUUAGUCUUUUAGGCCUUGUUUACCAGAGAGCAAUACUUAGCCUGUAUUGCUUGGUCACCUCUGUCAGCUUUUUCAGUUCCUUAAGAGAAAGAUACUAGGGAAAGGCACAGAAAUAUCUUAAAAGUUUGGGUGAGGCACAAUUAAAGUUGUAAUGGAAAAAUCUUGCCUGUCAGAAGUUUUUGUUUAAAUAAACAAAAAAAAAUUGUUAUUCUGCAAAUCAAGAAAAAGUAAUUUAGAGGAGUCAAAGGACUUAGGCAAAGAAAUGCUCAUGGUUUUACCCUCAAAUAAAUGUGGAGAUGUCAAGGA